AAGAAGUUCGCGCUAAAGAGAAAAAUUUAGCGCUAAAUACGAAACACAUUACUCAUAUAUCAUCUCCUUCGCCCAUUCCGUUUUCCUUUUUCCGGCGAGGUCGCGGCGAAAAACUCAGAGAUAAGUUUCUAAAUGGAAAUCUUUUUUUAAUUAAUCCAUUUGUAUACAGCUUCUUGAUGUUAUCCCUUUCUUCUCUCCUCUUCAAACGCCGUCACUUUAUCUCACUAACCUCCCCAAUCUUCCAGCCAAACCCUAACCCUAACCCUAACCUUCAAUUUCACACUCUCCGAUUCUUCUCCUCCUCCUCCGCCUCCGGUCUGUCAUGGCUGUCCGUACCCGGUAAGCCUCUCAUCAGGUGGCCCCACGAACCCUGCUCUGUCCCAAAUCCGCAACCAGACCCGAACCCUAGCCCUAACCCAGGCGCCGAGUUCUCGCAGAAUGAAUUCGCUGCAAUUUCAGAGGUUCUCACAAACCCUAACAUUUCCGGCGGUUUUUCUCUCCACACCGCCUUGGAUCGGACUGGAAUCGAGCCGAGUCCGAGUCUGCUGCAAGCUGUGUUCGACCAUUUUGAUUCUUCCCCCAAGUUGUUGUACUCGCUCUUUCUCUGGGCGGAGAAGCAACCUGGGUAUCGAUCCUCUGCUUCGCUCUUUGCGUCCGUGAUCAAUGUGCUUGCGAAAUCCAGGGAGUUCGAUUCGGCGUGGUCUCUGAUUCUCCAUCGAAUCGGCAAAGAGGAGGAGCCCAGAUUGGUUUGCGAGGAUACCUUUGUGAUCAUGAUCAGACGUUAUGCUCGUGAAGGUAUGCCCCAAUCUGCAGUUCGAACAUUUGAAUUUGCAAGUAAUUCGGUUCCAAUUUGUAGUUACAUUUCAGAAAUAAGUUUGUUUGGGAUUUUGUUGGAUGCCCUUUGCAAGGAAGGGCAUGUCAGAGCAGCUUCAGAUUAUUUUAAUGAGAAAAAGAAGUUGGAUCCAAGUUGGAUUCCAUCAAUUCGGGCUUAUAAUAUACUGCUGAAUGGGUGGUUUAGAUCGAGGAAGCUCAAACGGGCAGAACGGCUUUGGAUGGAGAUGAAGAGGGAUAAUGUGAGAUCUACUGUUGUAACAUAUGGCACCCUCGUGGAAGGUUAUUGCCGAAUGCGUCGUGCUGAAAUAGCGGUUGAAUUGGUUAAGGAAAUGAGAACAGAAGGAAUUGAGCCAAAUGCAAUUGUUUAUAAUCCAAUAAUUGAUGCACUGGGGGAAGCUGGGAGGUUCAAGGAGGCAUUGGGAAUGAUGGAGCGCUUUUUGGUUCUAGAAUCAGGCCCUACUAUCUCAACAUAUAAUUCUCUGGUGAAGGGUUUUUGCAAGGCGGGAAACCUUGCAGGGGCUAGUAAGAUUAUUAAGAUGAUGAUAGGGAGGGGUAUUAUUCCAACACCAACAACUUAUAACUAUUUCUUUAAGUACUUCUCGAAGUUUGGUAAAAUUGAGGAGGGAAUGAACCUGUACACCAAGAUGAUUGGAUCGGGGCAUUCUCCUGAUCGGCUCACCUACCAUCUUUUGUUGAAGAUGCUGUGCGAGGAAGGCAAACUCGACUUGGCAGUUCAAGUUGGCAAAGAAAUGAGAUCCAGGGGAUUUGAUAUGGACUUAGCUACAAGCACAAUGUUGAUUCAUUUGUUUUGCAAUAUGCGUAGAUUUGAAGAGGCUUAUCUGGAGUUUGGGGAUAUGAUAAGAAGGGGUAUAGUGCCUCAAUAUCUUACUUAUCACAGAAUGAAGGAUGAAUUAAAGAAACGAGGAAUGACUGAGAUGGUGUCGAAACUAAGGGACCUGAUGUCUUCUGUUCCUCAUUCGACCAAGUUGCCAAAUACUUAUACAAGAGAUGGAGAUGCGUCUAGUGACAGGAGAAACUCUGUAAUGCGGAAAGCCGAAGCAAUUUCUGAUAUGUUAAAAACUUGUAAAGAAUCAAGAGAACUUGUUAACUACAGAGGUCCAUUUGAAAAUGCUGUCUCACUUGCAAACCGGUUGAUAGAGGAUAUUCAGAAGAAAACGUAACAACACACUAUUCUGGAGGGCCUUUAGGGAAAAAAAAGGGUUGGUGGAUUGAAUUCAACAUGAAGUCGUGAAAAGUUCGAGAAAGGACAGACACACAGAUACUCUAGACUGGUAUUCUAUUUGCUUUUUUGAUCAUUAUAUUUGACAUUCGUUAAAUCUCGUACUCAUGCAGCGACUGAUUGAAGUCUCUAAUGUCAUUAGUUCAAUUGGAGGCC